AUGACGUCGCUCUUCACAGCUCGGCGCAAACCCAAGCGCAUUGCACGCAACGAGCCCGAACGUGAAGAUGAAGCCGAAGAUGACUCCGGGCCUGUCGUGAGACGGCCGACAACCAAUGCCCCGAAAACGAAGUCGAAGUUACGAGUUUCAUUCAACCCAGACCAGGACGAUGUGUCCGGUGGGGCGGCAAGAACGGGGUUAAAAGAAGGGACAAGCGCGUCGGUAAAAUCGUCCAAAACAAGCCUAUCGAGCGCAGCACAGAAUAUCAUCAGUCGGACAUCUACGAGAGAUCGGGAAGAAAUCGAAGGUCAAGAUCAUGACAGACCGAAAUACAAUAAAGCAUAUCUUGAGGAACUGAGGAACUCCACGCCGUCCACGCCGCGCGAUCUCUCGUCUCGUGAAAGCCCGUCACGGAAUCUCAUCAACCUAGGCUCAAAUACCGCGCUCGACAUCGAAAGCAAAUUCGACAAGGCCGCCAUCUCAGGAACCUCGUCUUCACGAAUACCCACGGCUGCUGAGAUUCGCGAAAAGAAAGACCGGCGUGCACGUCUCGCCAAAGAGCAAGCCGCAAACUCUUCAGAUGCAGGUGCCGACUUCCUCCCGUUAGAAGACUACGAUUCAGACGGAGAAUUCAAGCCACGCCGCAUGCAAGUCGGCUCAUAUAUCCCGUCCGCACGAGAAAAGGACACCAGACUGAUACCAGACGACGAAGACAUGGCAGAAGGCUUUGACGAAUUCGUCGAGGAUUCAGGCCGAGUGACGCUCUCGCGCAAAGGGCAGCGAGAACAGACGUUGAAGGAGCGCGAAGCCAUCCGGACAAUGAUCGAAGAGGCGGAAGGAUACACGGAUUCGUCAGGAGAUAAUUCGGCCUCAGAGUCCGACUACGAGCGACACCAACACUACGAAUCGACACAGACGCAUCACGGCAUGGACGGGUUGGCCUCGCACGCUGUGCAUACGCGACAAGCAAACCGUCCCCGCCAACCACGGGAGACAACACCGAUCCCUAAACUCAACGUGGGUCUUACGCGGCUCCGUGAUAUGGUGUCGCAGCUGGAAUUCGAACGGACCCAGCUCAAGAAGCGUCGCGCCGACAUCGAGCGUGAGAGGCGCGAUAUUAGGGAGAACCAGGCUCAUAUUCAAUCGGGUCUGGAGGAGGCCGGUAGGGAACUAGAACGUGUCACUAAGGAGCAUUGGGGAAAUGGUGCACCUGGCACAGAUACUACUACCGCCGCUGGGGGAAUAUCUGAUACAAAUGGUCAUAUGAGAGGAUUAGAGUCAUUUGGUAAUACCCCCGAAAAUUCAGUUUAA